GUUUCCAGCUGUUAAUGGUCACAGCUUGUCACUUUUCCCUGCAGCCACUUUUGUCACUUUUCCCUGCAGCCACAGGAGGUUUUCCCUCUUUCUACAACCAGGAGCUGAUUCCCAAGAGAAGCUCUGGUUUGGAACUUGGAGGUGACCAAGUAGAGCUAACCAGUCGGACCAGUGGGCCAGGACUGGAGCCCAGCCUCGCUGCAGGGAGGCAGCCGUGUCACCAGGGGACAGGGGACAGGCAGGACGUGCCAGGCUCCAGCACAGACGGGGCUCAGCAGCAGCUCCGGGCCGGGAUAACGAGAGCAGCUCCCGUGGCACAGGACAUGGACCCCCGCACAGGACAAGAGCCCGUCAGGGUCCUCGGGGUUGUCUUGGGCAUCGGGCUGGCCCUGCUGAUCCUGGCCAGCUUUGGCUACACCUUCAUCCGCUGGUACCGGCGGGGACACUGCCAGCGCCGGCCUGACUUUGUCUUCAGCCUCUACCACUCGAGCGGGCUGGGCUCGGUGGCACUGCAGCCGGUGCCACCCUUCAGCAUCAGCGGCUCGCUGGGCACCUCGGGCAGUGCCUACGAGCCCUUCCACAGCCAGAGGCCGUGAGGGGAGAGCUGGGCUGCUGGACAGGCCUUGGUUUGUGUUUCCUUUCCUGCAGUCCCAGGCACAGAGGAUGGGGCUGGAGCCCGGCUGCUCCUGCAGAGCUCCCCCUCUCUGCCUCUCACCCACAGCCCAGCACCAACAGAGAAAGCAACCAAAACUGCCCGGGGGGAAUUCCUCCGCUCUCACUUCUGUAAGAAACAGCCCCUGAAUUUGUUGGAUUUCAAGCCAAAUGGCCACGGUGCAGUUUCUGUUGAUGAAAAACCUUCCCAGGAUCACAGAAUCCUUGGGGCUGGAAGGGACCUCUGGUCCAACCGCCCUGUGCCCAAGGUCACCUGGAGCAGGUGACACAGGAACGUACCCAGGUGGGUUUGGAACAUCUCCAGAGAGGGAAACUCCACGGAUUCCCUGGGCAUCUCCUCCACCUGCAGUUCCCUCACUGGGUCCCUGCGGCCAGGAGUGCACAGGAGGUGCCUGGGCCGGCGCUGGUGCUUGGGAUGGAGGAAGAGGAUGCAGCUUUGUCCAGGAUUCCUCAGCAUCCUGCAGAAAACAGCACAUUCCCCACGGCUCAGAGACCUCCCAGCCUCCUGCACCCCCAGGGCCCUGGCACCAGGCUGUUCCUCAGGGAACUAGCUGAGGAGCAGCCCCAGAACCGGGUGAGUGCAUUGGUGCAACUGCAGAAAACACCGAGAGGAAAUGGGAAAUCUGUCUCAGACCUCCUCCUCCUCCUCCUCCUCCAUCCAGUACCUGCACCCACAUGGAUGGAAGUUGGUUGUUCACACUCCCAGUGCAAGGAAAGACCUCAGAAA